UAUGCGAUAUUAGCAAGGUGCGUAACGCUGUCGUGGCGCGCUAACGACAUUAUAACGCAAUCGCAGCUCAGGUUUCCCUGAGAGGGAAGCGCAGAACGUCGCUUCCCGUGCUGCGAAUAUGCGCCGGACUAAAUACGUGAUUCUCGCGAGCUUAUGCUGGCUGCUCGCGGCGGCCGGGAACGUCAUCCACAACGAGGACAUCUGCGGGCCCCGCAAUGGCAGGCGCCUAUACCUGGAGCUGGGCGAGAAGGGUGUUCUCUACGCGAAGAACGUCACCUUCGUCAGGCAGCCGGCGCUGCGUCCCUACGCAACUACCAACAGCUCGCAUCAUCAGUGCAGCCUCGAGCUGGUGACAUGUCCGUCCUGCGUGAUCAUCGUCACCUUCAGGAACAUCGCGCUGUCGCACCACUGCGGCGAUGGAGGUGUCGUGAUGGACAGCCCUUGCAGGUGCGACUACGUGUGGCUGUCGGAGCCGCCAUACGAGGAUGUGUCCGGCACGCCGUUCUGCGGAUCGUACGCGCCGAUCACAUACAGAUCGAGCACGAGGACCCUGUCCAUAAACCUGCUCUACAGCCAGUCCCACAAGCACGCGUUCACCAUCGAGUACACGGCGGAAAGAAAUAGACUGCACUUGAAAGGCACGGAAAUGACAUCGGGGACGCCGACAAAGGGCUCGAACGGCACCGGCGGCGGUAUCCUGACCUCGCCGUUUUUCCCAGCUCGGUACCCGCGCGACUUAGGCCUGGAGUACAUCAUCACAUGUCCCAACGAGGCUUCCACUUGCCGGAUUAGAUUGCUCUUCAGCGACUUUCAAAUGGCGACGGUCUCCAUAAUGGAGUUCUACGACUGGAACGGCCAGCGCUUGGAUGUGAGCAGCGGCGCGAGAUUUCGACCGCCGUUCAUCAUCAGCUCCGGCCCGUCGCUGCUGAUCCGAUUUUACGCGAAUGGCGGCACCGGCCUCGGCUACAAAGCCUUUUACUCCUUCGUCAUCGGCCACGCGUUUGACAAGUCCGUGCAGCCGAUCACCGACUGCGGCGGAUACGUGGAGAACUUGGGCGGCGCUAUCACGAUGAUGAACAUGGUCGGUCAAGGGGUGAAGACCUACGACUGCGUCUGGCUGAUCCGGCCGCCGAAGAACUUCCUGCACAUGAAGACGCACAUGUACCUGAAAGUAGUGGCUUUCGCCGACAUGGCCGGCAACACGGAGCUGAUCAUCAAGGAAGGUCCGACCUCGGCUUUGAUGGCGUUGGAAGUCAUCAGACACCCGGCGAGCCAGCUGCAGCCACCCAGGCACAGAGAACACGUCGCUUCGGUCUCCAGCGGCUUCCACGUGAGUCUUCGUGGUACAUUCGGCCCGAGUUCUCACUUGGCGAUCGCCUACGCGGCCUUCAGCUACAUGGACUGCUUCGCCGGCACCGACUUCCUCUGUCAGAACCACAGGUGCAUCCCGACUCAGCUGAACUGCGAUGGGUUCGAUCACUGUGGCGAUAACAGCGACGAGCCAGCGACGUGUUUUCAGGACUGGGAGGUAGAGCCGCGCGGUCGCAAAUGGCACACGAACAAAGCAAAUUACUACUUCCCGAAGAUCGAUCGAUAUCCCGAUUUGAAAACGGCCACCCUGGUGUUCGUUGCCAGCAGCCUUGGUUUGAUUGUCCUGAUAUCGGCCCUCAUUAUACUGCUCUAUAGAAUAGGAGCCAGAGCGAGGCAACAAAGGGAGCUGCAGUCUCGUCUCGAAACAAUCAGCGAGCUUCUAGAUGGUGCACGGAUCGAUGAAAUCUCCAUUCCGGAUGAUCCACCUGUGUACGAGGCUCCACCGGGCUACGAGGAGGUUGCGAAGCUCGUCUUGCCGAAGAAGGCUCGAUACUUGAAUCGCGAAGCAUGCAGCAGGAGCUCUCCGAAUCAGCACGGUGAGAACGCAAACUCUUCUACCUACCUGGUGGUGGAGGACGCGAACAAUAGCCGCAACAGUCAAACGACGCCGAUAGCGUCGGGGAAUAAUCGACGGCCACGUAUACCUGAAAGCCCACCACCCCCAUAUGUUACGCCGCCAGGAACCAUAUCGAGGAACGUGAUAGCCGGCUUGUCGGCCUCGAUGAGACAGAUCUGUCCGAUCCGUCGCACUUGGCUCCGACGCAGUGCGCAGUAUCCGCAGUCCGUCAACGUUGCGUCCUCAACCGUCGCCAUCGCAGCGCUUACUACGUACCGGAUGGGUCGUCCUGCCACCUUGGACGCCAAUUGGCGGCCCGACGGUCUUCCAAAGGAGAUCAAAGCCGUUCGAGAAGGUAUGGCGAAGGUAACGUCGGAGGAAAAUAGCCGACGUGCUCCGGAAGAAACUCGCAGCGAAAUCGUCGACAGCUUCGAUUCGAAUCCUAUGGACAGACCGGACGGAAAGAACACCGGCUGUUCCUGCGAAGGAGCGUGCGGCUGCGCAAUCAGUAGCAACCCUCAGGACCUCUCGCUCGAGGCCUCGAACAAGCUGACGAGACUGCUAAAUCACGACGACAAUGAUCACGAGGCCCUGGAACCGGAAGCAGAUCGCACGACGACGAGCGCGUCGAGUCCCGCGAAAAGGACCAACGAGUAUCAGGAGUCGGAGGAUCCGUCGGUGUCGAAGAACGCCAUCGUACGACUCUUAGGCAGCAAGCUGACUAAACCGUGUCACCAGAGCGUCAGCUUGAACUCGACGGCGACGUCGUCGCCGAUUUCUGGCGCCCAGCGCGGGGCUUCCGCCAGGAAAUUCUCCACGUGCUCCCGCGAUAGCUGCCUCAACAGGAUCUCCACGGUAAGCGCGUACAAUAGCUACGAGAAGCUGCAGGACGAGUUCGAGAUCGUGUCGGAAGCAGCGAGCAUCGCGUACACGCCGGGCCCCAGUACGAUGGCGAACACGCCGAGCGGCACGCCGAGGAGCGUGCUCGGCCGGCGCGGCAGCAAGCGACGGUACUCCAGCUGCGACCUGGACAGCCUCUACGAGGGCAUCCGCGUCUUAGACUCGUAUCUGGCGCGCAGGAACCUCAACGCCAACCACGGUCAACGGCAAUCGGUCGCCAUGAUGUUGUUCGGCACUCCGGAGCACGGGACGGCGCGCGAGUCAGCGGACCCGGCGCACCGAGCGAGCAACGCCGCGACGACGAGGGAGCUGCGAGAGCGGAUGCGAGCCCAUGUAUGGCGUUCCAGCGAGGACGCCUUGUCGAGUUAAGAUUCGUUGAUUGUAGGUGGAGGGAUGGCGGCUGGAUCGCAGCUGGAAGUCGGACAUGGAGCGUGUCGUGUCGUCUCGAGACGAAGAAAUGAUAAAGACGAAGGAUGAUUUCUGGUGUGUGUCUGAUUUCUCCUGCUUUUCAGAACAAAGGAAGAGGAAGGAGGAACAGCGGAGAUUUCAUAGUGUGUCGAAUUGGCUCGCUCUUACCAACGAUUAGACGGCAAACGGAAUGCGAUAAGUUGAGUGCCUUGAUUUCAAUCGAAGUAACGACAUAUUUACCGUUGCUUGCUGACCGGUGAAAAGUCGAAGAAUCACAGGCUAGAGCGGUUGAUAUAUCGCGGCGAUAGAUUGCUGCGUAGGAUGACUCGCAAAUAAAGAUGCAAUGAAUGAAAUUUCAUCGGACGGAUUUACUCGGGUGGUAACUCUUUGUAUCGAUUUUCACUUCCGCAUCGCUUUUAUUUACAGAAGACCAAAAGGUGUAAAGAUAAAAGAAAUUUCCACGCGAGAGUAUGUAUGAGAGAGAGACGUUGAUAACAGUAGUAAUAAUAAUAAUAAUAAUAAUAAUAAUAAUAGUAACAAUAAUAAUAAUGAUAAUAAUAAUUUACUAAUUUAUGCACUGAUGGAGAAGGCAGAUAAAAACACCAUUUCUUGUACAGAAUCAAAGACGCUCAUGCAAAAGUUCUCGUGAACGAUUCUCUCUUCAGAGAGAGAAAUGUCUCCCUUCGCGAAAUCGACCGUCGCGUGACGUCUUCGAGAGACAGGAGUGUCGCGGAAACGAACGUACGAACACGAGGAACGUUUCUGCACUUGCGAUUUAGGCGCGAUUUAGGUCCUAUCGCUGUCGUCUGCGGAACUUAGUUCAACUUGGCUCGCUCGAUCCUACACGGAGAGAAUGGUCCAGAUGUGUGAUCGCGAAACGUUUGU